GGCGGCGGCGGCGGCGGCGGCGUCGGGGGGGUCGCGUCCGCGGGGCCGGCGGGCGGCGGGGGGGUGGCUGCCGUGCGCGGCGCUGGCGCUGGGCUGGGCGCUGGGGUGGGCGCUGGGCGCCGCCCCCCCCCACCGCUGCCGGCCCGACGCGGCGCUGCUGCCCCCCCCGCUGCGGCGGCUGGCGGGGGCCGCGCUGCUCCGCGCCGCCGUCCCGCGGCUCCGCGGCGGCUGGAGCCCAUGUCAGCUCUACCGGUACCGCCCCGCGGGCAGCGGCAGCGCCCGGCCCAACGGCACCGGGCCCUGCACCCGCGGCUGGCACUACGCCCUGCCCGCUGCCGGCCUCCGCUCCAAUCUCGUCACCCAGGGGCCGGCCAGAAGGCCCCCAGGCAACUCAUGGGAUCAGUGACCUCGUCUGUGCCAGUCCUGUGGGGGGCUCUGCCAGGACCCCACUGCUGACAUGUCUCCGCCGUGUCCCCCCUCGCCCACAGUGGGACCUGGUGUGCACAUCGCGCUGGAAGGUGCCCCUGGAGCAGACCACACACCUGCUGGGCUGGACACUGGGCAGCACCACCGCCGGCCUAGCCUGUGACAGGUUUGGCCGCCGUUCCACCUUCGUGGUGUCCCUGGUGCUGGCAGUGCCCCUGGGCCUUGGUGUGACGCUGGCCGUGAACUUCGUCAUGGUCCUGGUCGCUCGGCUGCUCUUCGGGGCAGCGCUGGCAGGCGCCUUCCUCUCCCUCUACGUGGCACGGCUGGAGCUGUGUGACCCCCCACACCGGCUGGGGGUGACCAUGGUGGCCGGGUUCUUCUGGAUCGCCGGGGAGCUGCUGCUGCCGGGGCUGGCGGUGCUGUGCCGGGACUGGCGGGUGCUGCAGGGCGCUGUCACCAUGAUCUUGGCUCUGCUGGCUGCCUGCUGGUGGUGCCCGGCGCUGCUGCUGGAGUCGCCACGCUGGCUGCUGGCCACCCAGCAGCUGGAGAGGUCCAGGAAGACCCUGCAGGCACUGGCCGAAAGCAGCGGCCCCGGUUCCAACAACGGCUCCUGCCACCAGGAAAGCUUCCUUGCGGAGCUGGAGUCCCUGUCUGAGGGGUCCCCGCAACCCCGGUACCACGCCGUCUGCGAGAUCUUUGGCACCAGGGUCAUCUGGAAGAACAGCGUCAUCCUCGGCUUCACAGCGUUCAUCGGCUCCGGCAUCCGCCACUGCUUUACCCGCAAUCUGAACCCCCACCUGCCCCACUUCUUCUCCUCCUACUUCGUGCUGGUGGGCACCGAGGCGGCCGCUUGCCUCUUCAUCUGCCUGACGGCCGAGCGCUUCGGGCGCCGUGCUGUCCUCCUGCUCUGCACCAUCCUCACCGGCAUCUCCUCCCUCCUGCUGCUGGCCCUCACCCAGUACCUGCUGGACCUCAUUGUCCUGACCCUGUCAGUGGUGGGUGUCACUGCCUCUCACGCUGUCACCAUGCUCAGCAUCUUCUUUGCCAGCGAGGUCCUCCCCACUGUGGUCAGGGGUGCUGGGCUGGGCCUCAUCAUGGGAGCCAGUUUUGUGGGCAAGGCGGCCGCCCCCAUCACCGCCAUCCCCAACAGCCGGGGCUUCUUCCUGCACCACGUGGUGUUCGCCUCCUUCGCCAUCCUGGCCGUCCUCAGCAUCAUGCUGCUGCCCGAGAGCCAGGGCCGCAGCCUGCCCCAGUCCCUGCAGGAUGGCGAGAGCCAGCGCCGGCCCCCCCUCUUCCGCCGACCCCCCCGGGAGGACCACCUGCCCCUGCUCGCCCCCCACGGCAUCCCCCACGACUACUCCCGCCUCGCCGCCUCCACCAAGAGGAUGCUGAGCCCCCCAGCCGCCCCCUGUGAGACGUAGCUGUGCCCCCGCCAGGGUCUUCCUGCUGCUGGGGGACUGAGCACAGUGCUGGGACCCCUCCCAUGGAGAACAGGGACCCCCACCUGUGUUGCUCAUGGGGACAGCGAGGUGCACCUGUGACACAUGCAAUGGCUGGGGAUCAGCGUACCCACCCCAUACUGGGGCUGGAUCCUGCCCCAGGAGGAGCUGUGCUGGGAGUCCUGGGGCAGGGGUGAUGCCUCCCUGGGGUGUUUGCAGCAGGUGCUUGUGGCUGCCAAUAAAAGUGCCUUGUUUCUA